AUUAAUAACAAUUAUAUAAAUGUAACAUGAGAAAAUUAAUUGUUGUUUAUUUUUGCUUAUUGGGACAUUCGAAGUAAAAAAAAGAAUAUUUAUUAGCGGGGGACCAAUACUAAAAGCGUAGAAUUUUUUAGCGGUCAAUCGGGGAGACCACUCUUUUUUUCAUUGGAAAAUAUUGCACUUCUCAAGCUAGAGGCAGGCUACUCUGGAUUUUCGAGUUCUGCUUUGACAACACAACCGAAGCUGAAAUAUUAAUAUACUACGCCAAUCUGUUUUCUAAUUUGAGUAUUGUUUCAUUUACCACCACUUCACAAUGAUCGGAUGAAGGAAGCCCUUGCUGCUACAUAAUUCAUUCCAAUUCCUGUCUCAGCAAAAACAUGCCUAAAGACAUGCCUAAAGACAUGCCUAAAGACAAAGAAUUAACCAAUCAUCCCUGCCAUUUACUCAGCCUUCCAUCAGCAAAACGUUUCUGGUGCCGCCACUGCAUGACUGUUUUUGAGGAUGCCAUUACAAGAUGGCGCCACAGUAGAUCCUGCCGCUAUGGAGUCGUUGAUAAUUUUAUACGGCGGCGUGAACUCGAAGCAAAAGCUUUGCAGAACACAUCUGUACUCAACCCAGUUGAAGCAAGGCUAGAACAGAGUAUACAGAUGUCUGAGUUGACGUCUAACAGCAGUACAAUACAGACUCCAACUGGUGGUCAUAUUGAAACUGUUAACCCUCAAGAUCCUGAAUCCUUUACCUGUUUUAUUUGUCAUGAGAAGUUUGGAUCUAUGGAAGAAAUAAGACUGCAUGUGAAGUAUCCUUGUAGCAAUAGUAAAAUCAUCACAUCACAUGUUCCCCAUCCUAAACACUCAGUCCCUGUAUUUAUAGAUGCUCUCCCCGUAUCCCAGAGACCGUGGCACCAGAAUCGCCAGCCACAGAUUGAAGCACAAAAGUUCCCUCCAUACCAGCCUCCCCACUCACAACACAAUGCUGUAAGCAUGGAGGUUCAGUCGGAGCAAGAUGUUGAAUGCAGUUAUGAUACCUCAACAGUUAGUUACAGUAAUGAUAAUAAUUCAUCAGAUACUAUUACACCCACCAAUAUAUAUGUGAACGAUCAAGGGGAAACUGUGAUUGAGGUAGAAAAUCUAGAUUUAAACACAGAAAGAGGCGAACUCUCAUUAGCACAUCUGUUAACCCAACUGUCUCAACAGGGAAUUGUUUUUGAUAAGACAAGGUCUGACGAGCUGCGAUGUAAACAGGAAGCUGCAGAGUCUUCCUACACAACAGAAAUUACUUACGAGACAACGACAUCAUCAAAUGAUGGAUUGAAAAGCAAAGAAGAUGAAGAGCAGCCUACGGCGGAAGACGCAGCCAACACCCUCGCCCAGCUCGCAGGGUAUAGAAGUUUUAGAAGCAGCCGAAAAUCAUUUGAGGUCACCCGGCAUGCAGAUAACCAGGCUGUUGAAAGCUACGCCUACAGCAGUUCACAAGCAGGGCCAAGCCGUCACUACACCAUCACUUCACAGCCUGAGUUAAUGUACGAGUACGAGUACACAGAAGCACCAGAUAACAAUGCCAACUCCUCACUCUCAAACGACGUAAGCGACCAGCAGACCAUUACCUGCUCUACAAGCUACGAGAGCAUCAAAGAAGAAACUAACACUGAUCAGAAAAUGGGUCAUAUUUAUCAAUACUCUGAGCCAUCAGACAGCACCGGUCAUUCCACUAACCAUAGAAUUCUUCAGCAGUCUAAUUCUGGUUUGAAAGAGGGUGACAGAUCUAAGCUUGAACAUAUAUACAACUCAAGUACUGGGCAUUAUAUAGUUGUUGACAGCAGAGGAGAAGCAACUAGUGAUGAACAAGGUGGUGAAGGUGAGCAGUCUGGCAUUCCUCAGCAUUAUGCAGUAGAAAUGAGAGAGGCUGAUCAUGUAACUGAUGCACACAUGAGUGAUUCUAACGGGGCACAGAGACCUAACGCUGCAGAGACAAGCUGGCAGAAUAACCAGAUCACUGUAGAAAAUAUUGACGGUGGAAGUUACAAAGAUGGAGUUGAUUCUUCCUCCCAGCAUGCCUAUGGUGAGAAGAUACAGGAAGGAACCACAAACAAGUACUCAGGGCAAGGGUCUGACCUGUACCAAGAAACGGAUGAGUUUGCCAUAACUUCAGUUUCAUUACAAGAGAUUGUGGACUCCAAUGCUAUAAGUUUUGAGGAACACCAAGCAUCUUCUGUGGAGGCUUCAGGUAGACAUUUGCCUGAUGUGGGCUACGUAGAUCAAACACACUACACUGUGGUUACCAGUGAAGAAACUUGUGCCAAUGACGAGGACCCGUCUAGCUUGACAAUGAGGUAUGAAGGAGAAGACGGUUCCUCACAGGUCAACCAAGCCGCUGUUUUUGUUGUUACAUCAACUGGGAUUCACCCCGUGACCAGGAAAGAUAUCUGAACUUUUAGUCGUCUAAUAAUAUGCAAGAAAUUCCAUGAUCUUAAUAAAGAAAUGUCACAAGGAGCAUGUGGACAGUUUCAAGUUUUAAGCUAGGCCUGUAGCAGCUAAUAGCACUAAUGAAAAUGCUAGUGUAAACACAUGCUCGUUCAUUCAUUAAUAAUAUCUAACACUAGGUUUUUUUUAAAGUUAAUAAAUUGUUAGGCUCAUGUAGGUUCAUGUUUUUGGUUUGUGUUACAUUACUUGUACUUCUAAAUUUUUCUGUUAACUUACAGGAAUUUGUAUUGUUUCAUUUACUGUAUUUAUUUAUCAAAUUGGAUGACUUUGAGGGAUAGCUCAUUAGUAUUAGAAAACAUAGGACCUCUUAAUAUAAUAGAUCCAAUAAAAAUCAACAUCCUACUUUAAAAAAAAAGGAUAGUAAAAGACAUUAAAAAACAGAUUUAAAUGCAAUUUUAUGAUAACACCAGUAUACCUUGACAAAUUAUUAUCGGCGAUUUGACCAAAUAGAAGUAAUUUAAGACAAAAAAUAAAUAAAAUUCUUUCAUUCUUUCAAAUAAUAGCCAACUUCUCACAAGUUUGCUUCUUAAAAUUUUAUUUAUAAACAAAUUCUGACGGACAUUGAAAAAAAAAUUUAAUGAAUUAUUGUCAUCUUAAAUUGCAACUUCAAUUGAAAAAAUUAUAAAAAUUUAUUAUAAAAUUGUGCUGUAAAAAAAUUUGAUUAAAAAAUUAAAAACCUAUUUACUUCCUAAAAAGCUUUGGUGUAUAAAAUUAUUAAACAGUUAAAUAAAGCUCACACUAAUUAUACUGCUGUAACAUAUAAAGUGUGUUAAUGGAUAAACAGGUAAACAAGGAUGUAAUUUAUAUUUGUAGUAAACUUCUAUUUUAUUUUUGAAUACUGCACUCAAGUUUAAGGUUGGAUUGAAAGAUUGUGUACAACUAUUUUUCCAUGUAAUUACUAACUCUGAUGAUUAUUAAAUAAAUAAGAAAUACUUUACUGUUAUUAAAUUCUGUGUUCAUAAAAACAUUUCAUUUUUCCAUUGCAGGUUUGUUAAAUAUUUUUUAAGUAGUGUUUUUAUGGUAGCUGAUCUAUUUUCCUAUAAGUUGAAACAAUAUUGUGAUUCUUAUUACUAUUCAAACUAUUGUGCUUUUCUUUUAUUAAUUUAAUGUGUCUUCCAUACUUAAAUUUGGGUUCCACAGCUACUUAUUUGUGUAUUAACUGUGUAUAUUUACUGUAUUUUCAUUUGGGAAGUAGGGACUAUAAAAUAAAUUACCUUUUUCAAGUUGUUGUUUCUUUACAUUUACAAAUGCAGUAAUUACUUAAAAUAAUAUCAGUGCUUUUAAAAAAGAAAUUAUUUUUUAAGACUUGGAAGAGCUCAAGGUAAUUUUAUAAAACUUAAGAAACACUUUUCUUUUGAAUUACUUUAAUUCAGUUCAUUGUUCAAAAUUAUUUUUAAAAAAAUAUGCUUAGCUGAUAUAUUGUUAUUUUAAUUUUUGAAUGUUUUCCCCCUUACAAGAUUAUCUAUGUGCUCUGUUAUGUCUAAUUUGUUUCAUCAAAUUAUUAUCAAUUUCAUAAAAUUAAUUAUCCUGUGGAUAGGCAAUGCCUGUAGGUUGAACUAAUUUAAGCUGAUUCUUAAAGAAAAUAAAAAAAUUUUCAAGGCAUUUUAGAACUAGAAACUGAAAAGCAUUUUAUCCAAUGUUUCAUUAUACAGCAAUUAUAUUUCACUUUUUACUUUAGCAUUAAGCACUGUUCUUAUUUGCUUUGUCAGUUUACUGUAAAAUAAACACAUCUAAUCAGUUAUAAAAAUUUUUUUUGUAAAAAUUAAUUCCUAGAAAUGUUUUAUUUCAUUCAUAUUGCGCCCACCAUUUUUGCUAUUCAAAGUAAGCAUAGGCACAAUUGUAUAUGAAUUAUAAUCAAUGUAUUGAGAUGUAAGCAAAGUGUUAUACACAUCUCUUAAUAAGAAAUUAAUGUGGUUUGAUUGAAACUGAUAAGCCACAUUAACAGCAGCUUUUUUGUAUAAAGGUCAGAAUGUUUGAAGAUUGGAUGUUACUUAGUAGCAUGUAAGUAAUUUGUAGAAAUAUUCAUCAGGAACAUUUACAUGUUAAGGGCUUUGAUUUCCAUUUAACACUUCUUUGAUAAUGACAAAUAUUUGUUUAAAAAAAAAGAUUUGUAAAAUCUUAAAUCUUUGUGUGUCAUUGAAAAUAAAUUU